GAUUCGCCAGUACGACGAAACCAUUUGGCAACAGGAGCAGCAGGCGAAGAAGUAAACAAGAAAUCCUGAGAAAUGUACGUUUGGGUAAAAUCCGUAGUAUACUUGGCUUUCUUCAGUGGUCUGGGAUAUGGGCUUUUGGAGUUAACCAAACCUAGCGACGAGAAGCUUAAUCAGUUUCGAAAUCCUAAUAUAGUUGAUACUGAGGAGAAAAGUAAAAAAGCUCUGUUUAUGAAGAAACUUCAGCAAGCCAGUUACGAAGAACCUAUAUACUUGAAGAAAAAGGGUGAUCAAUAA